CUUUUUGUAUAUGACAUGAUUAUACAUUGGGGUGUCCGGUCGCUGUUGCCACUGGACCUGCAGCGAUCAUGGUGAGCUUCCUUCAACUUGUGCGGGACCAGUGGGUUCUUCUUUUUGUCCCUAUGGGAUUUGUCCUUGGAUGUUACCUUGACAGAAAGAAUGAUGAAAAGCUAACUGCCUUCCGGAACAAGAGUAUGUUAUAUAAAAGGGAAUUGCGACCCAAUGAAGAAUAUACCUGGAAGUAAAGACUGGCUGAUGGAUGCAGUGUUAACAUUUUAAAGUUCUGAGAGAAAUAAAAACGUGAAAUGUCAAAAAA